GUCUCCGAGUCUGACGUCAGAUCCAGUCAUCCGAUCCGUCAUCAUCAGUUUUGAUGCAAAAGGGGAAGUUGGGAGGAACCGAGAGAAAGAUCUGGGAGUGACCGUUUGAGAAGCACCUCUUGACUUCAGUACAGGAGAUUGGGGCUUAGGGUCAUGGCAGGAAGAGGUGGAGCAACGAGACCUAACGGGCCAAAUGCCGGCAACAAAAUCUGUCAGUUUAAACUAGUGCUCCUGGGAGAGUCCGCUGUGGGGAAGUCAAGUCUAGUCCUUCGCUUUGUAAAAGGACAGUUUCACGAGUUUCAGGAAAGCACAAUAGGAGCUGCCUUCUUGACUCAGACAGUAUGCUUGGAUGACACAACAGUCAAGUUUGAGAUCUGGGACACAGCUGGCCAGGAGCGUUACCACAGUCUGGCCCCAAUGUAUUACAGAGGAGCGCAGGCGGCCAUAGUGGUGUAUGACAUUACAAAUGAAGAAUCAUUUGCACGUGCGAAAAACUGGGUGAAAGAGCUUCAGAGACAAGCCAGUCCAAAUAUUGUAAUAGCUUUGGCUGGAAACAAGGCAGACCUUGCCAACAAGAGAGCGCUGGACUGUCAGGAUGCACAGUCAUAUGCAGAUGACAACAGUUUGCUCUUUAUGGAAACAUCAGCAAAGACUUCAAUGAACGUGAAUGAGAUUUUUAUGGCCAUUGCAAAGAAACUACCCAAGAAUGAGCCCCAGCCUGUAGGUGCCAACACAGGACGCAACAGAGGUGUGGAUCUAACAGAAACGGCACAGCCCGCGAAAGGUUCCUGCUGUAGCAACUAAACGGCGACGGUCCUCACCUCCUAACCAACCGCAUCACAUCUGGACAUGGGGCUCCUCCUUCCAAACCUCGCUCCUUGGAUUAGCUAAAGACUCUGUAUAGCUGUGUUUCUAAUACUUUUUUUUUACUUUUUAUUUUUAAGAAAAAAAAUAUGUAAAUCAGCAGUCUACUGGAUGCAUGUAUCACUACAAAUGCUAAAUACACAUUUUUACUUAAUUCUGCAGGAGAACAAACCCGGAUGAAAGCGCAUGAGAGAGUGAAAUAUUGAGUGUGUUUGUAUGCGUUUAGUUUGUGGAACGGAUUACCUUAUAACCAGGCCCAGGCGCAAUCUGCAGACGUUUUCUGCGAAAAUGGAUUAAAACAGUGUGUUUAACGAAGCUAUCCUUAGUGGUAACUGUAAGCAUAAUCAAAUCAAAUUAGCAAACUAAUAAACUUAAUGAAUGCAUUACAGUUCUGUGGAAAUCUGCAUGCAGAUUUCGUGUAGGCCUGUUUAUGACUCUAAAUUGAAUCGGAGAAAGAGUUUAAAAACUGUUUAAGAAAAACCAGAUCCCCCACCCGCUCCAUCAGCAGCCAGUCUAAGUUGGUUUUGGGUUGUAGUUUGGAUGCAGUAGCUUUAUAUGCUAGUCAAGCAUUCCUCAAUGCACCUGCUGUGUCCUCAAUACACCACAUAUUGCAGUAUGGCCAUGAUGAUAUUGGGCUUUCAUGAGCGUGACUCAAAGGAAGGCAGUCGGUAAAACAUGUUCAGCUUGCUGUAUGAAUGAUUAUUAUUAUUAAUUGGGACUGUAUUCUCAUCUCUAUGUUAUGCAUACACAUUUAUUGCCAGGCCCAGAUGGACUCUGUGCAUUUUCUGGGACAAAAUCUACUGAAUUCUGAGGAUUCAAAUUCUAAAACAUGUUCAGUGGACUACAAGUUUAUUGGUAGCUGUGCAUAUAAAAAAAAAA